AUGACUUCAACAUCCACCCCACAGACAUUCAUCUAUAAAACAGCAUCUCAGAACAAUUCUGGUGCAAAGGUGGAGAUCCCACUAGAUGUCUAUCUACCCAUUCAGAAACAUCAACGUCCACCAAAACCAUUAAUCUGGAUUCAUACAGGUGGAUUUUUACAAGGAACAAGAAAGUUCUUACCACCACAUUUCCAAAGAGCUUGUAAUCGUUUGAAUUUAGCUCUCAUCACGCCAGAUUAUCGAUUGGCUCCACAAGUAAACAUAGAAGGUGUUUUGGAUGACGUGAAGGAUUGCAUUCGUUUCACUUUAUCGUCUGAAGGACUUUCGGCUAAAUUGGGAGGAGGGAAGAGUAGUUUGGAUACCAGUCAAUACAUCCUAGCAGGCUCAUCUGCUGGUGGUUGGGCAUCACUUUUACAAGGCUUAGGCUUCACAGAUUCAAAGGAUAUUCCGGCUCCUUUAGCAGUGAUUGCCAUUUAUCCAAUCACGACUAUCAAUAAGGCCAGAGCACCGUAUUACCAUAUGCCACUCAAACCGCUGCCAUGGGCAUACAACUUGCAAGCUCAAAUUGGAGACCUUGUCCCUGUCGAGCCCUUAAAGCCCCAUAUGGACAAAGAUGGUGAAGUAUUGACCGAAGCGCCUCCUUUGGUUCUUACUUCUCGUGCGCCAUUAUACUCUUAUGCUCGUCAAGAGGGUAUCUAUCCGGAUUUGAUCUUAGCAAAAGGUCAAAAUGCCGAGCAAUAUUGUCUACCUACUUUGAUCGAACGGUCAGGUAAGACAGGCACAAAAGACACCAAUACAAAGCUUGUCUUUGUUGCUUAUGGCGAUGCUGAUCCAAUGGUCGAAAUUCAUCAGAGCAAGGAAGUGAUUGAAGCUUUAAAGAAAGCAAAUCUUCCAUACGAUAUAGGUACAUACGUUGAACCUGGCAAAAGUCAUCUUUGGGAUAUUCUUGAUCCAGAGGCAGACAUACCAGAAUUAUGGCAAAAAGUCGAAAAGGUGCUGUGAAUUGGUCUGUUUGAAAAUUAAGAUGAUAUUAUACAGUAUUGAGAUUAAUUUGUACAAAUAUAUAAUGUGAUUAGAGAGAAAACUUUAU